AUGUUCCGGACUCUCUUGCCGCGGGCUGCACCGCGGGCUGCCCUCCGCACUGCUCGCCCUCAGUCUGUCCCUUCUAACUUCGUCGCUGCUCCUACCCUCUCCUUCUUCUCGAAACGUGGCUACGCCUCCGAGUCUGGUGAACAUGACCUUGUUAUCAUCGGUGGUGGUGUCGCUGGAUACGUUGCUGCUAUCAAGGCCGGUCAAGAGGGCUUGAAGACUGUCUGUAUCGAGAAGCGUGGCCGUCUUGGAGGCACCUGCUUGAACGUCGGCUGUAUCCCCUCGAAAUCUCUCUUGAACAACUCCCACCUUUAUCACCAGAUCCUCCACGACACGAAAAAGCGCGGUAUUGAGGUCGGUGAUGUCAAGCUGAACCUCGAGCAGAUGAUGAAGGCCAAGGACACUUCCGUCGAGGGUCUGACGAAGGGUAUUGAGUUCUUGCUCAAGAAGAACGGUGUCGACUACGUCAAGGGUACUGGUGCUCUUGUUGAUCCUAACACUGUCAAGGUGAACCUGCUCGAGGGUGGUGAACAAACCCUUCGCGGAAAGAACAUCCUUAUCGCCACCGGUAGCGAGGCCACCCCUUUCCCCGGCCUGAACAUCGACGAGAAGCGCAUCAUCACUAGCACCGGUGCUCUUUCGCUACAGGAAGUUCCCAAGAAGAUGGUUGUCAUUGGUGGUGGUAUCAUCGGUUUGGAGAUGGCUUCCGUUUGGUCUCGUCUCGGUGCUGAAGUUACCGUUGUUGAGUUCUUGAACCAGAUCGGUGGACCUGGUAUGGAUGCAGAGAUUGCCAAGCAGGCUCAGAAGAUCCUGUCGAAGCAGGGUAUCAAGUUCAAGACUGGCACCAAGGUCACCAAGGGUGAUGACAGCGGCGCUUCUGUUUCUAUUAGCGUCGAGUCUGCCAAGGGCGGCAAGGAGGAGACCCUAGACGCUGACGUUGUCCUGGUUGCCAUCGGUCGCAGACCUUACACCGAGGGUCUUGGCUUGGAGAACGUUGGUAUUGAGAAGGACGAGCGGGGCCGUCUGGUCAUCGACCAGGAGUACCGCACUAAGGUUCCUCACAUCCGUGUCGUUGGUGACUGCACUUUUGGCCCCAUGCUUGCCCACAAGGCUGAGGAGGAGGCUGUUGCUGCUGUUGAGUACAUCACCAAGGGUUACGGUCACGUCAACUACGGCGUCAUCCCCAGUGUCAUGUACACUCACCCCGAAGUUGCCUGGGUUGGCCAGAACGAGGCCGAAGUCAAGGCCGCUGGCAUCAAAUACCGCGUCGGUACUUUCCCCUUCAGCGCCAACUCCCGUGCCAAGACCAACCUCGACACUGAGGGUCAGGUCAAGUUCAUCGCUGACGCUGAGACUGACCGUGUGCUCGGUGUUCACAUCAUUGGCCCCAACGCUGGUGAGAUGGUUGGUGAGGCUACUCUGGCCGUUGAGUACGGUGCUUCUUGCGAGGACAUCGCCCGGACGUGUCACGCUCACCCCACUCUCUCCGAAGCUUUCAAGGAGGCUGCCAUGGCUACCUACUCCAAGGCCAUCCACUUCUAA